AUUAAUUAGAGUGCUUCAAACUAUACCAAGCAUUUUAUGGUGUAGAUUAACUUUUCCAAAAAUAAGCUUAAAAGAGUGGUUGGCUAUUCAGUCUUAAUCAAUGAAUGUGGAAACUAAUGGUUCUUGGAACAAUUUAUUUCUAUACACAACAAGGAAGGGUGUCCUUGUUAUAUCGGCCUGAUUCAGAAUGUAUUAGCUUUGGCCGAUUCCCCAUAGUAUUUGUAAAUCUAUAUUUACACCUGUGUAAGACUUUGCAGACAGAUUAUUGAUAAAACCUUUGAAGACAACAAAGCCUUCAUUUAAACGCCGUAUUUUAAACGUUAAAACACAUUGUGUGACUUUAUACAAGCUGUUCUAUAGAUAUGUGUAAAAGUGUACCCUUGCCAAACGCCACUGAAAUUGACAAUUUUAAACAUGGAUCUGGUCGACCCAUCUGCAUCGAAAGAGGAGGCGAUGCGAGCUUUACACUACUGCACGACAAUGGGGCAUCUUGACGUGGUGGACGCAAUACUGAAAACUCAUUUUGAAACAACGAAAAUUUCGGAUCAUUCUAGUCAAUGUAUGGAACUUUUAACAAGUGUUGUGAAGUCUGGUUCACUGGAGUCUUUGAAGAUACUGCUAGAUCAUGUGGAUGAGAAUUUCCUAACGAUCACGCUUACUCAACGUACCAUCGUCACAAAACUACUCACAAUUGCCGUCACGCAUGGAAAGGAUGCAGUUUGUGGUACUCUGAUAAAGAGGGGCGCAGACCCCAAUGGACAGGCUAACGGUACGAUAUUCCUACACGCUGCUGUAGCCCAGGGUCAGGGGAAUCUGAUGAAAGCACUUAUCGAGGGCGGUGCCGACCUUUCAUUGAAGAACAACAGAGGAGAAACAGUCAUAUUUCCAAUUAUUAUGUCUGAUAUCUCGAAUAAGGCUGACUUAGUAAGUUGGUUAGUUUCUCGAGGAGUGGAUCCAAGAGGUGCGGGAAUCAGCGGAAAACAACCCAUACACGUUGCAGCGGCUCACUCCCCUGACGUUAUUUCAAGUCUUGUGGAUUUGGGCUGUGACGUCAACCAAAUAGACGUUAUUCACCAUGACACACCUUUACACAUAGCUUGCUCUCGGUGCAACGCGGAGACUAUUGAAACUUUGAUCAAGCAUGGGGCCAAAUUUAAUCUUGUGAACAGCGAAGGAGAAACACCACUCACAAAGUUACUGAAAUUCGCUACAGACACGGUUAAUUUUCACUCAAAGUCAAGGAUGAAUAUAGCCAGACAGUUAAUAAAAUAUGGAUUUAUAAACAAGCAAAGCAAGCCCGGGAAUAAUGGAAAAAAGAAAGUUGGAAGAAACAAGGUACAGGAGCUGUAUAAAAGACUUCGACUGGAAAACAAGUCAGUUUCCAGUCUUCAGCACCUAUCCAGACUAGUCAUCAGUGAUAAUAUCAAACCCGUCAGUGUUCAGAAGGCGGUCCGUACCUUAGAUAUACCUCCUCAUCUAAAGGAGUAUCUCUUGUUUUCUGAUUUCACCUUUGCAACAAAUACUAGUAUGCAGAGUAUGUGAAUAUAUUUAAAUUUGGUGCUCAGAUGUUUGUGUCAAAAUUGUUACGACCUGUGAUAAAAGUUGAUCUCAUUCUUAUUAUUAAUUUAUUAAA